AUGCCUUCAUCCAGGGCCGCCCGCAAGAAACAGGCCCGUUUGUCCUUCACGCCCCUCCCAAGCUCUUCGCCAGCUUCCAAGGACUACCACAAGCAGAUCAGAGAGCGUGCAGCUGCAGUCAGUCUGGAUGGCACGCCUCGUUCGUCCAAAUAUCGCAGAGUUCAUGACGACGACAGCGACCUGGAGGUACUCCCAGAAGACGAAACACCGACCAUGCCAACGCCUGAUGCUACCCUGCAAAAGCAGAACCCAGAAGUAGUGGAGAUCGAUAGCGACGACGAACCCAUACGCCCUACUCAGCGAGCUCAGACCAAGUCGCGAGUGAAGUCGUCGCGCUCCAGGCAGCAGAGGCUCGACUUCAGCAAUUCGCGAGACAUCGACUCUUUCGAUUCGCCCGUCAAACUACCUUCUUCCUCCGUUCGAACCCGCUCCUCAAAACCUGGCAUGUUCAGCUCUCAAGUCAACGGCCAAGCAUUUAGCAGCGACAGCGACGAAGACUCAGCCGGGUCUGAAGAGCUGCCGUCUCCCAGAAAGCUGAUGGAGAAGUCGAAGAAGGGUCGGAAGGGCAAAGAGAAUCGUAACGUGGUAGUUGAGGACGAUGAAGACGAGGAUGAGAUUGCGGUCGCGCCACGCCGUGCUCCUCAAAUACAGCAAGAGAGUGAAGACGAUGAUGACGACGACAUGCCAACAACAGUGGGAAAGAGACCUCGCCGGCGGCGGAGGAGUCCAUCAGCGGAUAGCUUCAUCAGCGAUUCGCCACCAGCAGCCCCAGACAGCGACGAUGAGAUUGUUGUGACGGGGCAGCGAUCAAGAAAGCGGGCGCGACAAGACACCCAGAGCGAGGAUGACGAGGACGACCUGCCAAAGACGCCGGGACGAAGACGACUCAAACGUCCAAGACAAAUGACGCAGCAGGAGAAGGAAGACUUGGCUGAAGACCUGGACUUCUUCGAACCCAGUAGCGGAGCGGAGGAUGAGCCUGCAAAACCACGUGGAAGUCAAUCGGCUCAGAAGAAUGCACGUCAACAGGCUCUGGAGAAACUGAAGCGGAUGAGGUCAAGUCAGCUACCAGGGGUGGACCAGGAGGAGCAGGAUGAAGCAGAUGCCCAAGAGGAAGAGCGAGAAGAUCCAUACGACGAAGACGAAGAUGAAGUGAUCCCUGAAGUCACUCGAGCACGCCAAAUGUUCACUAAAGAUGACGAGGAUGACGACUUUGUGGAGCAAGAAGACGACGAGGGACCGUUAGGCGUACCAGAAGGUGUGCCUUUGGAGUUCACCCGAUACGCCUCCUCGAAGUCGAAGGAGCUUUUCGAAUUCGCCGUCGAAUGGAUGGUACAGAAGAAGAUCAACCCAGCGUUCGCGAUCGACGAUCCCAUCUAUGAACUCACCUUCAAGAAGCUCGACGACGAAGUCAGAGGCUUGGCUGCAUCCAAAUUCACAUCUUCCGCGUGGACAUCGGACUUCACUCUCGCUCUCCAAGCACGACCUGAGAUCGCCUACGAGAGGAUUGAUCGAAACUCAGCCGAGCACUGGAUGCGCGACAAGUGCGAUGCGUGCAACAGAUCAGGCCAUCCAGCUACUUACCAAAUCCAAUUCCAAGGCAGACCAUACCGCCGCGACACUCUCGACCCUGUCGACCAAGACGACCCCAACAAGGAAGACGACAGCGACAGCGACGACUCCUCCAGCGAAGACGAAGACAAUGAAAAGCAACACUGGGACGCCAAUCACCGCCCAAUCGUCCCCGUCAACACCAUCUGGUACGUCGGCAAAUUCUGCAAGAGCAACGCGGAGACGGCCCACUCCCUCUCCCACUGGAAGCACCACCUCCACGGCUACGUCGAAGACUAUCUCGAGGGCCACAAGUACUGCACGGCGGAGCAGUUGGUCAAGAGAGACAAGUGGCCUACCAAGAAGAGGAACAAGUACGCGAACAAGGUGGUGGAUAAGAUGAAGGCGGAUGGGGAGGUGAAGAAUCUUUGGAACUUGUUCAAGGAUAACAUCGAUCAGGCGCGGAACUCGAAGCAGGGACGGUACGCGGGUGAUAGUGAUUGA